AUGGGCAUAAAUGAAUACGCUAUGGAUAUGCGAGGAUAUUCCAUCGAUCCAUUUGAUACAUUAGAUUCACUUAAGGUGUCGGUUCCAAGCCCUCUUUCUGAAUACAUAUUGAAUAGUAAUGGUAGUGAGUCUGGAGAUGGAGUUCUCACACCAACAGAUAAUGCGACUGCAGCUAAAAGUGAUGUAACUGUCAGUAGUAAUGGUAACUCAAGCGGUGAAUUAACAGAAGAAAAGUUAAAACAGAUUAAAAGAGCCCAAAACAGGGCAGCACAACGUGCAUUUCGAGAGCGUAAAGAGACAAGGUUGAAAGAGUUGGAACAGGAGUUACGACAAAGUGAAGCUCGUCGUAAACAGCUAGAUGAAGAAUUGGAACGACUUUGUAGGGCUAACUUGGAAAUGAAUGCUGAAAAUAAAAUACUUUUGGAACAAGGUGAGGUUGGUGAUUAUGGGACACAGGGUGGAAGGUUUACUUUCCCACAUGAGAUUGCCCAUGAAAAUUCUGGUUCAUUACAAGAAUCUAGAGAGUACAGUUCAAAAAUAUUUAAGACUGAAGGUCAUUAUCUCGAUGAAUCAGGCAAAGAGAUUUUAACCGUUCCUGCAACAUGGGAUUAUUUGCACCAAUUAUCGGAGCAAGUACAGUUUAACGUUACUGGCGUCUUGGAUAGUUUAAAAGGAAACGAAGUUUGUCACGGAUUAGGUGCAGCAUAUCCAAGAGUUCUUGUUGACCAGCAAGUUCGAGAACAGCUUGUACGGGAUGCAAGUCGUGCCUAA